UUGAUUAAACCUGAAGCAGUAUCGUUUGAUUUCUUGUACUGAUAAAGUUUGGAUUUUUAUUUGGUUUUUGUUCGAAAGUUUUUGAAAUUGGAUCGGCGCAGAGAUUAGAUACUUAAAAAGCUUGAUUUUGGGGUUUUCUGAAUAUUUUUGGUUUUUUGUUUACUUCAAACCCACAUGGAGAAGAUUGGUGUAUAGCUUCGAGUUUACGUUCCUUUGCAUUAUUUUGGGGAAGUUUGUGAAUUUCACUUGACAUUUUGUUUCUCUCAAUUUGGUUUUUUUUUAGGGUUUUGAUUGGAUCGCGUAUUGGAUUUAACCCUAAUUAAGUGGAAAGUUCGAUUCUUUGGAGUGUGAGAAUUGAAUUGCGGCUGUUGAUGUUGUGAGUUAGUAUUGUUUGCCCAAUUGGGUUUCUUCAUAUUCAAUUCGAGCUUGCCACGGAGUUGAGAUUUUGAUUAAUUGAGCUUAAAGGCUGUAUAAUCUUGAGGGUACUAAGUUUGACCCAUAUCAGAGGGUCCAGAAGUGUGAUUUCGCUAAGUUAUUAGUGAUUUCGAAGUUGUGGACUUGGAAUUUGAAUACUUGGAAGUGGUUACUGUGGGUCGGAAAGUGAAUUUUGAGCUGGAAUGGUGUACAGGAUCAUAGAUUCUGAUCUGGUCAAGUGUUGGGAUAAAUGAGCUAAAAAGUUGGAGAGUGGUUAAAGUUUACUACUUUACAGUUCUUACAGACAAGUGCCAUGUCUCGGUGCUUCCCAUUUCCUCCACCAGGAUAUGAGAAGAAGAUUAGAACUGAUGAAGCAGACCCUCUUGUAAAGGACAAGUACAAGGAAAAGAAGCACAAGAAAGAUAAAGAAAAGAAAGAGGGUAAAGAGAAAAAGAGUAAAGAUAGAAGCAAAGACAAACAGAAGGAAAGAAAGGAGAAGAAAGACAAACAUAAAGAUCGAAAAGACAAGGAGAAAGAUAAAGAGAAAAGCAAACCUUUGGAGGACAAGAAAGCAGAAGUGCUGACAAACAGCGGGCACAGAGAGAAACUUGUAACAAAUACCGUGCAGAAUAAUAGUAAUGGAGAGUCAAAGUAUGUACAGGACCUGGCAAGAAGGAUCAGAUAUGACGAAGAAGCAACAGGAAGUCAGAGUGCACAAAAGAUUGAUUAUUCUCACCCGAAAAAUUCAGGAAUAACAGGACAAGCAUUUGAGAACAGCCCAAUUGAGGAAACAAGCCAUAGGGUGGAUGAUGAUAAGAGAAUCAAUACCACGAAGAAUUUUGCAGCGGCAAAAAGUUCUAAAAAUGCUACUUCUCGAGUAUACUUUGGUGCAGAUCAGAAAAGAACUGAGGUUAUGAGUAAACCAAUGGAGAACAAAGACCAGGUGAGGCAAACAGAAUCAGCGGAGAAGAGUCACCGCAAGCAAAAUGUGACCAAGAGUGAUAAACCAAGGGAUCAAGAAGGGGUGAAGAAGAAUGAUGCAAAAGAUAAAGACAGAAUUAAAGAGAAGAAGGAGGAAAACAUAGAGUCAAUAAAUAAAACUCGCCAGGAGAAACCAAAAAUAAUAGGAGGGUCCAGAUUAGAGGAGAGGGAAAAAGACUAUCAAGAUAUAAGAAAUAGCAAACCGCCUGACCUUUCUCGGGCGAGCGUCAAGAACGUUAUUACUGAGGGAAAUCUUGGCAAACGGAAGGAUCAUGAGACAAAUGGAUUCUUGUAUGAGAAUGGAACCACACCACACAAGUUACAAAGGCACUCAACUUCUGUACCAUCUGUGGAAAAUGGAAGAACAAUAGGUGCACCCCGAACUCCUCCAAUGCACGCAUCUGAGAUGCAAGAAACGACUUGCAAGCCACAAGUAAAAGACGUUAGAAUUAACGGUUUCGCUGUAUCUGGAGAAAAACAAAAAGUCUGCCCGCCAAUCCCUUUGGCUGCAACAAUGAAAGUGAAAGUCAAGGAAAAUGGUGAAGCAUCCUUAAAGCCGCCUCAUCCUGACCUAAAGUAUCUCAAUCAGAUACUCAAUGUACCAACAAGGGAGCUGUUGCCGGAGAGUGACGAUGACCAAGAAUGGCUACUUGGUCAGUCGGGUGUCAAGUUGAAAAAGGCGAGAACAGAUUCUCCAGAUUCUGGCGAAUCCUUGCAGGUCUGGAACCAAGCUCUCAGAAUAGAGUCUGCGGAUAUCGUAGCUCUACCUUAUGUUAUUCCAUUUUAGCUGUGACUAUAUUCUCGGAUGUUCCUACGCCACAACCCAUGAGGAGAACUACCCUUCACACAACGCCACUUUGCAGCAGUGUUUGCUAUGUUGGCAUCAGCAUCUAUGAUGGCUCUUUAAAGAAGACCGACACAGCAGUCCAUAGCUCCCAAAAGCGUAUGAGCAGGGAAUAAAUAUAUUAUACGCCCAUAAUAUGAACACCCACAAAAGCUCUGCAUGGGUGGGGAAAAGAAUGAAUGAGGAAGAUGUAAGUAGAGUAAAUCCAUAGAGAGAUUGAUUUUGUUGUUGAACUCUUGUUUGACAUGUUGUGUUAUAAGGACAAGGAUAUGUGUGGCAUUUGGUUCUGCACGCAAUUUUGAUUCCCUGCUUGCAUCA